UUUUUUACCUAAAGAAAAUUUCGCAAGAUGUCGGACGAGAAAAAAGAUUACAGAAAUGAGGCACCCCCACAGUAUCAGCCCCCCCAGGGAUAUGGAUAUCCUCCUCAGGGAUAUGGAUACCCCCCUCAGCAGGACCACCCAGGGUUCCCUCCUGGAGGAUAUACUACCAACAACACAGUCCUUGUGGCACCUGGACCAAUGACAAUGAACGAACCUCCGCCCCCGGACUAUAUGAACAGGGCAAUAUUUGUGACAAUCUGUUGUUUCUGGCCCACGGGCAUAUUUGCUAUCAUGAAGGCCAGUGAGUCGCGGAGUGCCUAUGCUAGAGGAGACAUCCUCUCUGCUCGGUCUAACUCUAACUCGGCUCGACAGCUGUCCAACAUCUCCAUUAUGGCCGGAGUAGCCUCGGUCUUGGUGGCCAUCAUUAUCGUUGGGGUGUACGUGGGGCUGGUCCUCAGAAGUUAUGCUUAAACUGGUUUCCUGUCCCAGCAUCAAAAUUUACAGCGGCGUAAUACAUACAUAUAUAAGGUUUCAUCAGAAAUAUUUAGCAGAUUUUAGACAUAUUGAGAACUCUCAUUUAAGUGUAACACAGAUAAUGAAAAUACCUGGUAAUCAAAAUAUUUUACAUCAUCAAAGUAUUUUAUAUUGGCACACAUAUUCAGCGUUGUUAGUUUAGUUUUAGGGAAUUUUUAAGAUUUUUUAUUGAGUUUGUGUAAAAAUGUUUUGUUUCGGGGUUGUUUUUGGGAUUAAGCUGAACAAUUGAAAGCUUCUAGAUCAAUGCUAUGAAAUUUUCCAGUAUCUUGCCAGUUUUUCAUGUAAUGAAGUAACAAAAUAAAAAGUUUUAUUUUUGAAUAUGAAUUAUGAAAUAUCAAAAUUAACAAAUUAAUUUCAAUUUUAUAAAAUCAUUUAAUGAUGUUACUGUUAAAAACUAACCUCUGUUAAUGUUUGUUUCAUUAUUGUCAUUGGCAAUUUUAUACCGUGUACGCAAUCUCUGAUAUUGUACAUAUUUUAAUAUUAUUUUUGUGUAUGGUUGUAGUCGUAACAUUGUAACUCAAUAUUUAUUGAAUUUAAUCUAAGUAUACUACAGAAGCAGAAAAUUUAUCAGGUUGCUUAAUACCAAAGACAUACCUUAUAUAUUAUAUUUUAAUGGGUUUUGAUUUUAUAAUAUUGAUAACAAAUACUGUGUGUAUUAUUUACUAUUCCAGAGAAAAUUUUAUCAGGGACCUUAUUUCACAAAAUGGCUAACUAUUCCCCACUGUUUGCCUUUUCAACGUUAUCCAAAAGAAAUGACA